AACGAGAAUUGACGGAAAGGACUAAAAGUGUUGGAUUUUUGAAACAUGAGUGACAAAAUGUAUUUUCUGUGAACAUGAGAGGUCAAAUAUGAAAUCAAUAUAAACUUGAGGCACAAAAACUUUAAUUCAAUUUGACUCUCUCCAUCACUUACCUUAAAACGACGCCGUGGAAGACAUCCCGCCGAAACGACGCCGUGGAAGACAUCCCCGCCGAGCAACAGAAGUACAGAACAGUAAACAACCACAGUGACCAAAUCAAAACCCUAAAAAAUUUCUUCGGCGGAAAAUCGACAAUCGACAAGCGAAGCUAUUCAAUUCAAUUCAAUUCCCAGAAAUUCCGCCGCCCUGAAUUGGAAUAAGCAACGGAAUUUUCUUGAAUUUUAUCCAAGAUUUUUCGAUUUACUGCAAUAACAUAAUCCAUAAAGUAGACAGAAUCAUCAAAUGGGCAUGGAUGACAUCGACAUCGAACUCGACGAAAUGGAACUAAUCGCAGCAGCAGCAGGUUACCACUACUACACCAGCAUCACAAGGCAACCCUCUCGAUGCAUCUCGCCCAUCGGAUCGGGUUUCAUGAACGAGGUAAUCAACGGCCAGGAUGAUUUCUGUAGGGAAAUGCUGAGGAUGGACAAACACGUCUUCCACAAGCUGAGCGACACUCUCCGGCAGAGAGGGGCGCUCCGCGACACGCCAGGUGUCGUGAUAGAGGAACAGCUGGCAAUCUUCUUGAACAUUGUGGGCCACAACGAACGUAAUAGAGUGAUACAGGAGAGGUUUCGCCACUCUGGCGAAACGAUAAGUAGGCAUUUCAAUAACGUGUUGAAGGCGAUUAAGUCUCUCUCCCGCGAGUUUCUUAUGCCCCCGCCCGCGAAUACUCCGUUGGAGAUUCUUAAAAGUAAUAGAUUCUACCCCUACUUGGAGGAUUGUAUUGGAGUGAUCGACGGAAUGCAUAUCCCUGCAAAUGUUCCUGCAAAAGAUCAAUCUCGAUUUCGCAACAGAAAUGGAGUUUUGUCGCAAAAUGUAUUAGUAGCAUGCACAUUCGAUCUCCACUUCAUAUUUGUCUAUCCUGGUUGGGAAGGUUCCGCUGCAGAUUCCCGUGUCUUGAGAGCCGUUCUCAACGACCCCGAUCAAAACUUCCCUCAAGUUCCACAAGGUAAAUAUUACCUCGUUGAUAUGGGCUACGACAACAUGGAAGGAUUCAUGGCGCCGUACGAAGGAGUGAGGUACCACAUGCACGAAUAUCGAGGCGCGAACCUCUUACCUAGAAACGCAAAGGAGCUAUUCAAUCACCGCCACUCGUAUUUAAGCAACGCGAUUCGAAGGUCUUUUAGUGUUCUAAAGGAAAGAUUCCCGAUUCUCAAACUUGCGCCUCAAUAUGCUUUCCACACACAACGGGAUAUUGUGAUAGCCGCGUGCGUGAUACACAAUCACAUCCGGAGAGAGGAGAGAAACGAUUGGCUGUUUAAUAGCGUCGAGGAAGAUGGUGGGGCCCGCGAGGAAUCUUGUGGUUUCGACGAACCGUUUGAUUCUCAAUCGGCUUUUUCGAUUAAUGAAGAAAUGGCGUCUUCUAGAAGAGAUGGUAUUGCAUCUGCUAUGUGGAACGAUUUUAUGAAUAAGUGGGACGAGUGGUGAUUCUUGAUUUUGAAAUUACUAAAUUAAGAAUGUCCGGUUUUUUUAGGAUGUUCCGUUUUUUGUCCGAAUCUUUUUCUUUUUUCGUUCGUGCCAUUGCCAGCUACAUUAUAGUGUAUUAUAAUUCAAAAUUAAUUUCGAGAAAAAAAUAUGGUUACGGGUAAGAAGAAAAAAAAAAAAAA